AUGGCGGAUAACAACACGAUCCACAGCCUGACAAGCACACUCGCAUCGCAGCCCAUGUCCACUCAAGGCAGUGAACAGCAGCAUCCUCAGCAGCAACAUCCCCAGCAGCAUCCCCAGCAGCAUCCCCAGCACAUCGCCAACCCCGCCGAGCUUCAAAACCAUCCCGGCAUGCCGCCCAUGGGGAUGGCUCCCCCUCCCCCUCCUCCUCCUGGGCCGGUGGAAGGUGCGAGCCCUGAACAGCCCGUGAAGCGCAGACCCGGGCGCCCGAAGGGCAGUGGCAAGAAACCCGUCGACCCCAACGCCCCGCCGAAGAUAAAGCGGCCCGUCGGUCGUCCGCGCAAGGACGGGCUUCCCGCCGGAUCUGUUGGGACGCGGAGGACAAGCCGCCCGCGCAAGCGUCCCCCCGGCACGUUCGCGAGCGGGCCUCACGAGUCCACCCCGGGCUUCGGUUAUGGGGCUCCGUUCGUCGCCGAUGCGCAAUGGGGCUCAGUGUCCGCACCGCCCUUAGGCCGUAGUGUGAACGGCCGUCCGCCCAUCUUCCCGAUCGACCCCUCGCUCGAGCAAGAUGACUGGGCUGAGAUGUCGCGCAGCCGCCCCGAUAGGUUCCUGCACGCCCUCGUCUCUGCCCUCGAGGCGCCGAACCCCGUCUCUGGGGCCGGCCCGAGCAUCGAGGAGGCCUUCAAGUCGCACCUCGUCUCCCUCGCGCCGAACAGCAAGAGCCAGCCGUCGAUCCCCUCGCUGUACUCCAUCCUGAAGACGUUCUGGCUGCCGUCCUCGCCCGUCUACUUCUCGCUCACCGCGUCGGCCUCGACCGCCCGCACGCCAUCCGAGCACCGGUUCCUGUACUGGGAUCCGCAGCCGCUCGUCUUCAACGGCAUCUGCUGCAGCGCGUGCUCGAGCCCGAUGACGAACCGUGGGCGCAUCAGCUCGGGCCCGAUCAAGGUGUAUGACCUGGGCAAGCCGUUCUUCGUGAUCGCGUGCGAGUACGUGUGCACGAGCGCGAUGUGCAUGGCGGCCACGGGCAACCAGGGCCGCAAGUUCGCGAGCACGGACGCGUCGAUCCUCCGCGCGCUCCCGUACAAGCUCAAGGACGAGUUUCCCGCGCUGCUGCUCCAGGGGAACCCCGAUCUGGGCAGCGGCCCGGAGGUGUGGAACUGGCACGGGAUGGGGGUGUCGGUCACGCUGUAUAAUAUGGUGCGCGCGAGCCUGCACGCGGGGCUGCGCAAGGAGGCGAUUCUCGAGAUCAUUCGCGCUAUCCAGCUCGGGCUGCCGGAUUACGACCUCGAGGCGUUCAAGCGUGAAGAGCAGGAUCACUCCAUGACCGUCAAUGGCGUGCAGGGCGAAGACGAGGAAGAGGAAGACGACAGCCAUGAUGUGCAACAGGUCGAGGGCGACCUGGCGGCGGAACAAAAGGACUCGACUGAGGAGUAUCAAGAGGCCUGGAACGCGAAUAGCGGGGUCCCUGAGGCGAACGGCGCCCCGCCGCCGCACAUGUCCCCAGAGCAGCCCCAGGCAGGGCCCAGCAACGGCCAGGACCCGAACGCCAACCAACAGCAACAACAACAGCAACAGCAGCAGCAAUCGCAGAGCGCGAGCGCGCCGCCCCCUCCCCAGUCGCAGGCGCCCCCUCCCCAUCUCCCUCCGCACUACGCCUACCCAGGCCCCCACGCCCCGUACCAGACGUAUCCCUACCCGUACCCGUACUGGAACCAGCCGCAGCCGCAGCCGCCGCCGCAGCCCGAGCCGUCCGGGUCGCUGAAGCGCACGUUCGCGAUCGUGGACGGGACCCCCGAGCCGAGCAUGUCCGAGCCGCUGCACAAGCGGAUCCGGCACUGCUGCAAGUGCGGGUCGAACGAGUGCAAGGGCAAGGGCGGGCGCGCGUUCUGCAGCAACCCGUGCCAGGACUGCGGGAAGCUCGAGUGCAAGGGGCGGAACAGCAAGCGUCCGGACAGGACGUGCGCGGAUGCGUGGCCGUGA